AAUCAAUCUAAUCAUGUUAUUCGUAUUUACUUUUCGCGCAACCAUUUAGGAAGGUGUGUUUCAACAGCCAAUUGUCAUUCAAAUAUACACUUAUACAGCGGGAUCCGUCCGUUUAAGAGGUUCUAUAUUCUCAGACGAAACUGAACAUGGCAUCGAACCAUCUGAAAACGUAUCUAUUGGAACCAAACACGAACUUGAAACCGCUGCUUUACGAAAUCAUCAAACUCUGCGAACGGAGAAAUAUUCGCUAUGACAAACAAUUGAUUACAUUUAUCAUGAACCUGGUAAGUUUGGAUCCCAAGUUUGAAAUAUACAUGGAAACUCUGAGUGCCGAUCGGAGAAAUCACGACGACUUUGUAGAAGAAUGUGUGAAAAUUCUGGCCGAGGAUCGCUCCCCAAAAUUAAUCACUCUCAAAAUGCAACUGUAUUUCCUGGAGAACUUUUUCAACAAGGAUGAAAUUAUAGAAAAACAUGCUAAGAACCUAAAGAGUAAAACGGCUCACUUGCUGAAGGAGAUCACAGAGAACGACGUGAUUACAAAAGAUGAACAGGAUGACAUUUUCAGCAAGAUAAUUAUUGACAUCGUUUUGAAUAUGGGUCUUGGUAGUCCGGACAACAAAGAGGUCAUCAGUGAAACCACAAAAGCUCUGAACUCAGUUAUGUCGAGAAGCGAUAAAGCGAAGUUUGUUACACUGGAUCGGAAAGAUAGGGUUAUGGCUCUGAAGGACAUACGAGAUAUUGUGUGUGGAAUUCGCAUCUUUAACAAACAUGCAGGAAAUUCUACCAAUGGCAUAUCAGAUUUGCCUCGUAUUCUGGAACAAUCCCACGAAUCGACCAAAUCUAUUCUCCAGAUUACGCUAUGUGAAAUUAUGGAUAAGGUCAACCUUCUAACCAGCGCAUUGAACUCGUCUAUUGCGUACGAUCUACGAAAUCGUACCAUCGUGACACUGCUUCCGGAGAACAUCUCCGCAGAAGAUCUCACCGUUUUGAAGGAUCUACUGGCCAUGUAUCGGCAGCAUGAAGUGUACACACGAAAACUAAUCGACGAAUUGGCUCUCAUCAAAUUCAAUGUUGAUACCUGUAAUCAGGAAUAUAAAGCAAAACUGGUCAAAAUUCAUGAAGCGGUGCAAUACCGCACCGCAAUUCCAACCGAUAGAGUUUUUCCAAAAUUUUCCGAGUUGACGCAAAUUUGGUUGCAGUUUCAAAACUAUAUUUAUCUUCUAUCUGAAAUAAACCAGAUCAGCAAUACGCUGAUGAACUUAACGGAGAGAUGCUUGAGCUACGACGAUCUAGCUUAUCGUCUAUUGGGCGAAUGCCAGAUCCAAACCGACAUGGAUAGAUUGAGCAAGUCAAAUGAAAAACGUCUUCUUAUAAAUGGAGAAAAUAUGUGCGAGAUUGUUCCAUAUACGCUGAAUAUGAAGGUGGAACUUCUGAAGUUUUGCGCGUGGCAUUUAGCGGAAGGAAAUGGUAUAUUGAUGCCCGGUAAUGUCGACAUGGGCGUCUGUCAGUAUCAGAAAAACUUCUAUGCGUUCAACAUCCCCGAGCCAGCCGUGUUUUUCGACGAGGAUCCAGAUAAAUAUCUCUUCAAAAUAAUUCAACUGGUUCGCAAAAAAGUGCCCCUCAUCGUGUUCUUGGACAUCUUCCACAAAGUACAAAGUGCGUACAAUUCACAGAGCCGGGAUGUGUUCCGCAUCAAGGCACCAAUCACCUGUGAGCAGGAGAUUCAAACCGAGCUACAUCCAAUCCCGUUCAACAUUGACCGGCACUAUCGCUGGAACAUUUGGGAUCUUCGUCGGGAAGCAAUUGAGCUCACGAAUCUCAGAAUGAAGAAAACUAGCUCUUCACAAACGACGAAAGCGAAGCUCACGCAAGUGUUCAUUCCGAAGAACCAGGCCACCCAAACGCGAAUAAGCCGUACGACGGAAACCGCCGAACGACGUUCACGGAUCAAGAAACCUGCAGUGGCACCAUCGCCACUUCAGAUCUACUCCAUGUCCAUCGAGGAUUGCAAUUCGGCAGUAGAAAGAGGUUUCCAAAAUUGAACGACGAUAUAUGUCGGAGAAAAUAAAAUAGUUACU